CAUUGUGUACAGUAACUAGGAGACGCUGUGUAGGAUGUAUGCAGGACACAGAGAGCCGGGAUCACAGGGGAAACUCCUCCUGACAGACUGAUGGCACCAAAGAAGAAGUCAGUGGGCAAAGCUGGGAAGGUUUCUGAGACUAAUGCCCCUGAACAAGUGGAGGAGGGCGGAGAUGGGACCCCAGCUGUGGAGAGCGCACGGAAGGCGAUCCUUCAAGAGGAGCACAACCAUCUGGUGGCUGAAGAAGAAGGACUGAGGAGGAGGCUGGAGCAGCUGCGCACGGAGAAUGAGCUGCUGCAGGAGGAAGCGGAGAAAGUCCGAGUGGAGAGCCAGGAAUACUUGCUGUACAUGAGCAAGAGGAGCCAGAGGCGCCAGGAUGCCAUAAUCAGUCUGAACGACCAGAACCGGCGGGAGCUGGAGGACAUCCAGCGGCAGAAAUCACAGCUCCAGUCCCAGUUCCAGAAUGAAGAGAAGAAGCUGCGGGACCAACUGCUGGAGAGGGAAACCGAGCUGGCCAACCUCCAGAAAGAGCUGAAAGAGCUGGAGCCCAUGAAGGAACUAGAGAAGGAGCAGGCCUCCCUCGUAAGACGCCUGGAGGAGGAGGUGAUGGCCACCCGGGGGAAGCAUGCAGAGUCCCUGCUUAGUGUGAAGAGCGCCUUCCUGCAGCAAAAGGCCCAGUGCCAGCAGGACUCUGAGCAGCAGCUGAACCAGCUGUCCCAGAAGGCCCAUGAGGAAGCCAGAAAGGCACUGCAAGAGGUCAGCAGAAAGGUGAAUGAGCAGAACCAAGGCCUCAGGCAGGAGCUGUCCCAGCUCAUCCACCGAUUCCGAGUCCUGCAGGCUCAGCAGAAGAGGAUGAUGGAGCAGAACAAGCAGCUGCAGAGGGAGCAGCAGUGUAGGAAGGACGCGGGGAAUGUCCAGCGCAAGAUGAGGCUGGCGUCCACUCUCCCAAGUGUAUGAUGUAGAAUCUGCUGUUGGGCAGAGGGAGGACACUGGGGGGAGAAUAGGCCUCACGCUGUAUGGAUGUCCACCACGCAGUAUAGUGGACGAUCAUCUAAUCCUAUAGACAUGAGGCAUAUACAAGGUCCUGGUGCGUGUAGUACAGAGGGGGGGUCUCAUGCUCUGACCUUCUUCAACCCACAAAUGUGAUAAAUUGAUGUGUAAAGAUAAAACUGCUAAGGUACUCUCUUCCCUGUACUACUGCGCUGUAUGCCAUAAUACUGUCCCACGCUUCCAUAGAUUCACACUGUAUCUUCACCAGAUGACUGUUUAGUGAUCUAUAGAACCAGAAAGUCAGUGCCUUCUUCAGGGCCACAGGGCUCUGUAUUUUUAUUAAUAAAAAUACACUUUUAAACUCCUCA